AUGAUCUCGAUUCGGGCCAAUGCCAUUUAUCGUCGUUUGUGGAGAGAAAGUCGGCAUUUGACGCCUAGUGGGGCAAUCCCUUCAUCGGACGCCAGCAUAACUACCUCAAGCCAGCAAGGAGAAAGAACCGCAUAUAACCACCGAGGACUCCCAAAGCCUCAAUCUCUAUAUCGUAACACCUAUUCUAUUCCUCGCCCCAUCAAAAUAUAUCAGGAUUUGCUUCACACUAGGUCAUAUAGCACCCCUGCAAAAGGAGAACCAACCAUUCACAAUGUAUUCGAACCCAAGACCGGUACAUGGCAGUAUAUCAUUGCCGACCCAUCAACUUCAGCCGCCAUAAUCAUCGAUCCGGUGUUGGACUAUGAACCGGCCAGCCAGACUAUCACUACCAUCUCAGCCGAUGAUAUACUACGUCUUAUCAAAGACAAAGGCUACAAAAUCGAAUGGAUCGUUGAAACGCAUGCUCAUGCAGACCACCUCACUGCUUCUGCGUAUCUCCAGAAGCGCCUUUCUCAAAUACAAGUGCAUGUCCCACCAGUUGGGAUUGGGAAACGCAUUGAACAGGUGCAACGACUCUUCGGUGAGAGAUAUGGAGUACCGAAAGAGGAGUAUAUAGGCGUGUUUGACAAGUUAUUCGACGAUGACGAGACUUUUUCCUUUGGAAACUUGACUGCAAAGGCUGUUCACCUUCCCGGUCAUACACCGGACCAUCUAGGAUAUCAUAUUGGAGACAAUGUGUUCUGUGGUGAUUCUCUCUUCCAUGUAGAUAUCGGAUCUGCAAGAUGUGAUUUUCCCGGCGGAAACGCAACCCAUCUCUUCAGGUCAGCCCGCAAGAUUCUUGCUCUGGAAGAACAUGUCAAGAUUUGGCCAGGCCAUGACUACCCGCCAGAGGAACGCCAUUCACCUGUUCCUUGGAUGAGCGUUGGUGACCAUAAGAGGCAGAACAAGCAUCUUCGAGAGUCAAUUACUGAGGAGAAGUUUGUGGCGCUGCGGACUAAGCGAGAUGCAACGCUGGGUGCACCAAGAUUAUUACAUCCAUCUUUGCAAAUGAAUAUUCGGGCUGGCCAGCUUCCCCAGCCUAAUAAUUCUGGUCAUAGGUUGUUUCAUCUGCCAUUGAAGUUGAAUAGGCUGAAUUGGUAG